AUGUGGCACUUAAGGUUGUCAAGCACGUCAUUCGACCCAAGGGUGGUUUAUGAUGGACACCCUACAUUGUUUACCAUCAAGCUACAUCAUGGAGGUGAGUUCACAAAGUUUCCAAAUGUCAACUACAUUGAGGGUACUGUGACGUAUGUAGAUAUGGUGGAUAUAGAAGAGUUUUCUAUUCACGAGAUGGAUGCGAUUAUGAAAGGGUUAGGAUACUCAGUUCCUCCGGUUAUCUACUAUCAUUUUCGAGUGCCAAAGGGAGACAUGCAUUUUGGGCUACGGGCCCUGGGAAAUGAUGAUGAUGUCCUCAAUCUUUCCCAGUAUGUGAAGGAGCAUAAACUGAUAAGGGUUUACACCGAGCAUGGUAUUACUAACUUGCUUACUUACUUUAUGGCUCCUAAACCUGUAAGAAAAGUUAUUAUUGAGCAAUUAGAGGAGAUCGAUGAACAUCAAACCCCACCAACUAAUAACCAACCCAGUGGCAUGCCACAAACAUGCAUACCACCUGUGAUAGCAAAUGAAGCUGCUUUAGCCUUGUCAAUAUCCCCUGAAUAUAAUAAAAAAAGGGAAUUUAUCAAGGACAAACCAUUAUCAUCAUGUAUUAAGAAAUUGGUGAUGGAUGAUGUUAGUGUUGAUAGGAUUGGUGGGAAUAAGGAUGAUGCAGAUAAUGAAAUUGACCACGGAUUUAAUGAAUUUGAUGAGGAAUGUAAUGAUAUUAACCGGGAUUUUAAUGAAUUUCAUGAGGCAUGUAAUGAUAUUAACCAGGGAUUUAAUGAAUUUGAUGAGGCAGCUAAUGACUUUGAUAUUGGAUUGUACCAACAGAUUUUACAGUCUAAUGAACAGAAUGUAGAUGAUGAGGUUCAUGAAGGUGAGGAAAAUACAGUUAAUAAGGAAGUCACUGAAGAAGAGAAUCAUGACAGAAAUGAAAUGAAUGAUGAGAAUGUAGAGAUGAGAGAUUUUGCAGUUGAUGAUGGAAGUGAAGAUAACAUAGAGAUUGAUGAAGACAAUACUGAAAGAAGUGAUGAGAGUGAGGACAGUGAUGAUAGUGAUUUCUGGGUGGAUGAAGACAACAUCAUCCCUGAUGUAGAAGUAGACAUGAGGGAUUUUUACAUGAAUAUAGAUCUUGAAGCAGAAUUUCUUGAAAAAAGAUUACCAAAGCAUAGAGAGAAUGACAGUGAUGAGGUCAAUGAAGAGUUGGGUGUUAUAGAUAAUGAUCAAUGGGAUUCAUUGGAUGAGGGUUCUGAUAUAGAUAGGAAAAGAAGAGCUGUAAUAAAGGAAUUGGGGAAGGAGACUAGGUGCUCUCAAGGUGAGAUACACAAGGUAACUUUUAGGAUAGGACAAAAAUAUAAAAAUAAGAAGGAGUUAAAGGAAAAGAUACAAUUGCAUGCACUGGAAACAAGAAGGAAUAUAUUCUUUGUGAAAAACGACAAAAUGAGGUUAAGGGCAAUCUGUAAAGGAACUGUGGCCUUUAAUGAUGGUCAUGUCAGUGAACCUACCCCUUGUCCUUGGGUGAUACAAGGUUCUAGGUCAGAUGUAAAUAGUAAUUGGUUCAUAAAAACUUACAACCACGAACAUAAAUGCCUCCAGACAAGAAAAGUUAGAUCUGCAACAGCAAAGUUUAUCUCUAAGCAGAUAAUGGACCAGAUUGAAUCCAACCCAACAAUCCCAGUCAGAGCUCUUCAAGAACAACUUCAAAAGGAUUAUCAAGUUGGAUUCUCUAUUCACAAGGUAUUCAGGGCCAAAUCAACUGCAAAAAAACUUGUCCAGGGUGAUUACAAAAAGCAAUAUGAUGUUCUUAGAGAUUACAUCCUGGAGUUGCAGUCUACUAAUCCAGAAACCACUGUGAAGUUAGAGUUUGAUUCAGAACCCAACCUAAGUGCUACCUCAAGAAGGUUUAAAAGGAUGUACGUGUGUUUGGGUGGAAUGAAAAAGGGCUUUAGAGCUUGCCUGAGGGAUUUUCUAGGUUUUGAUGGGGCAUUUAUGAAGGGCCCUUUCCCAGGACAAAUUUUAACUGCAGUUGGGGUAGACUCCAACAAUGGAAUAUACCCCCUAGCUUAUGCCAUUGUUGAGACUGAGAACACUGACAGUUGGAAGUGGUUUCUAGAGUGUAUUGCAGAUGAUCUGGACCUACAUGCAAACUCAAACUUCACAUUUAUAAGUGACAGACAAAAGGGAUUGCAGACUGCCAUUUCUCAGUUGUUCCCAUGUGCUGAGCACAGGUUUUGCCUUAGGCAUAUACAUGACAAUAUGAGAAAAACAUGGAGAACUAAUGAGUACAAAGAACACUUGUGGAAUUGUGCUACAGCAACAACAGUACCAGAGUUUAAUCAUAGGAUGCAUCAAUUCAGCUCAUAUGAUGUAGAAGCUUAUAAUUGGUUGAAGCAGAUUCCCCCACAACAUUGGGCAAGAAGCCACUUCACAGGCAGAGCAGUUUCAGAUAUGCUUCUAAAUAAUCUUUGUGAAGUUUUUAAUAGCAAAUUGAUUGAGGGAAGGGACAAGCCACUGAUAUCCUGCUUGGAGUACAUUAGGGAGUAUAUGAUGAAAAGAAUAUGCAAUGUCAUAAAGUACACAGUUAGGUGGAAUGGGUCAGAUAAAUACCAAGUGCAAGGGCCAUGGCAGGAUCAACAUGUUGUUGAUAUGGUUGAAAGAGUAUGCAGUUGUAGGAAGUGGGAAUUAACAGGACUCCCUUGUAAGCAUGUCAUUGCAGUCCUAAAUGACAAAGCAGAUAAUGGUGAGGAAGUUGGAGAACUGCACACUUAUGCCCACAGGGUGCACUGGCUAGAAACAUGGAAAGCAGCUUAUGUGUACAAAGUAGAGCCUAUUAAAGGUCGAGCAAUGUGGCCUAUAAGUGAAUGCCCAAUUAAAAUCACCCCUCCUAUACACAAAAAUCAGCCUGGAAGGCCAAAGAAAAAGAGGAGGCACUCUGCUGAGGAGAAAAGCCAGAAGAAGGGAGACAAUGUUGCUAGUGGUAGUGGGAGUCAAAGCAAUAUUGCUAGUAGGAGUGGAAAGCUUACAAGAAAGUUUAUCCAAGUAACCUGCAGCAAGUGUAAAAUUAAAGGGCACAAUGCUAGAACUUGCAAAGGCCAAGGGGGUAAGUGA